AGAAUGAGAGAAAAACGAUCGAAGCAUCUUCCAAAUCGUCACUGGAGCAGCCAGUCUAAUUUCUCCUUUUUUAAUUUUCACACGUUUCCAGGUGUGCUAUAGCAAAUAAAGAUGGCUACAUCUGCCAGUGCACAGCUUAGUAAAAUGGUAAAGCAGAAAUACAUGGAACUCCCCCAGGGGGACAAAGUGCAAGCCAUGUACAUCUGGAUUGAUGGAACGGGAGAGGGACUUCGCUGCAAGACCAGGACAUUGGACUCUGAGCCCAAGAGCAUUGAUGAACUGCCGGAGUGGAACUUCGAUGGCUCCAGCACCUAUCAGUCGGAGGGCUCCAACAGUGACAUGUACUUGAUUCCAGUCACCAUGUUCAGGGAUCCCUUCCGCAAAGACCCCAACAAGCUGGUUCUGUGCGAGGUGCUCAAAUACAACCGUAAGCCAGCAGAAACCAAUCUGCGUAUGAGUUGCCGGAAAGUCAUGGACAUGGUGGCGGAACAAAAUCCUUGGUUUGGCAUGGAGCAGGAGUACACUCUCCUGGGCACUGAUGGUCACCCAUUUGGCUGGCCUUCCAAUGGCUUCCCUGGCCCUCAGGGUCCCUACUACUGUGGCGUGGGAGCGGAUAAGGCCUACGGGAGAGACAUUGUAGAGUCACACUACAGAGCCUGCCUCUAUGCUGGAGUACAGAUCUGUGGCACCAAUGCGGAAGUCAUGCCUGCGCAGUGGGAGUUCCAGAUUGGCCCUUGUGAAGGAAUCAACAUGGGAGACCACCUGUGGAUAGCCCGAUUCAUCCUGCACCGUGUCUGUGAGGAUUUUGGAGUGGUUGCUUCCUUUGACCCCAAGCCUAUCCCCGGGAACUGGAAUGGCGCUGGCUGCCAUACCAACUUCAGCACCAAAGAGAUGCGUGAAGAGGGCGGGUUGACGUUUAUUGAGGAGGCCAUCGAUAAGCUCUCAAAGAGGCACAGCUACCACAUCCGCGCCUAUGACCCCAAGGGAGGGCUGGACAACGCCAGACGCCUGACCGGCCGUCACGAGACAUCCAACAUCCACGAGUUCUCUGCUGGUGUGGCUAAUCGCGGUGCCAGCAUCCGCAUCCCGCGUAGCGUUGGCCAAGACAAGAAGGGCUACUUUGAAGAUCGCCGCCCCUCUGCCAACUGCGACCCCUAUGCUGUCACGGAAGCACUGAUUCGCACUUCUUUGCUCAGUGAAGAAGGUGAUGAACCUGUGGACUAUAAGAAUUGAAUCCCCUCCCAACCCCAAGUCAGCCCCUCUGGUUUUAUUUUUGGUGGCCGAUGUGCCCCAAUAGUACUGUAUUGUGUUAGUCAUUUUAAACUUUGCUUUUCCAUAGUUCUAAGUUGACUGGUCAACUUAACAAGGAACUUUUUAAUUAACCUUUGAGUCACUGGGAGGUGUGGUAUGGUGGCAUCUCCUUCUCCAGUGCUGCUCACAUGAAAGCAGCCCUUAAGAUCUUCAGCCCUCUAUGAACUCACUGCCUACUUUAUGCACAGACCUUUAGUAUAGGAGUAGACAUUAGGGCAACACUGGGUUGGCUUUUUUUUUUUUAAGCUUGGCUGGAAGGUUUGUCUUCCAACUUUCAUAACUAGUCCUGUACUUCAUGUGUAUUGACCCCAACUUGAGCAUGUAACAUUUAAUGUGACUAACAAGUGUAUUGUUAAAAAGCAAAACUUGCAAAUGUUAUGGUGUCUAUUUUUGCACAUGAUUCAUGUGAUGUAUAGUACAGUUAUGAAUUAAGGGUCCAAGAUUACAUGGCGACAUACCUUUGGGUCCCUUGUCUACCAGUUUUACAGCUCCUGACUCAUGAAGGAUCCAUUUCCUGCUGUCUGUUCUGUUCAUAGUUAUGGCACCUGUUUUGGCAAAGUCUGAAAUUGCUGAACCUGGUGUUUUUUAUGAAACAUUAAAACAUUUGUUAUAUUUUUACCACAA